AUGAGCGCACCCAGACAGUCGUCGCCAUUAUCGGCGGACGUGGAGAUACCCUGUUCGAUCGUUGCAGCACUGCGCGAUACAUCCGACGUCAAGGCACAGGGGGCUGCGUCAGACAAGGUGUUGCGGAUGGACACGAUUCAAGAAGAAUGGCCCGAGGCAGAAGACGACAUCCAUUGUCUGCCCUGCUUGCAUGCAGCUGGUGAAGCGACCCAGACUGACGACGGCACCAGUCCCGUCGAUCAAUCCGAAGCAGUUCCUGAAUAUGUUCUGAAGAUCCGAGCGGCCGUCAGGCUGCAGGGCCAGCGGCUGCAGAAGACGCCAUUCGAGAGCGAGCAACCAGAGAAGCAUGAGAGUGGAGGCGAGAAGCUGAACUCCCACACCAAGAUCAGCAGCAAAAGAAAGCGGACCUCACUACUCUCGAGCGCAACGGAGCGUGGAAGGAAUGUGGUAUCCGAGGUCAAGUCCCGAAGCAAGAGGUUGUCGACAGUUCUCACAAUGCAAACAAAGCACGAUUCUGCUUCGGCCGAAGUCACAUCAGAACAACAGAAGCGCAGGUCGCUUCCUCUGGUUGUGGAAGAGGUGGAGCGUCCUUCCGUCCUCACAUCUCAGCGAAGGAGAAUGUCCGCUAUCUUCUCUCCGAUGCGGACGAAGUUGCCUGAGCAAGACAAAGAAAAGCCAAAAAUCAAAAGCAAGACUCGUACCCCAAUCUACCGUGUCGCAGGAGAAAAUAACAGCACGACUCAGAAUGCGGAAUCCAUAAAGAAACCUUAUGCCGACAAUGUCGAGUACACGGAUAGCAACAGUGAUGACGAUGGCGAGGAUGUAGGCCUGCUUUCGCUCAGACGGUCGGGAUCAUCCCAGCCGCAUAGUUUCGAUGCGUCCCAUUUCUAUACACCAAUGGUCCCAGCUGGUUCGAGGCGGGGCCGUGAGUACCGCAUUGGUAAAACACGAUUCAGCCAUGCCAUUGAUUCCGCAAGAAAGCUGGCGUCGAGGAGCGCUAGGGGAGUCAGACACAACGUUGGCGAUGCACUGAAAGCCCGAGGCAGGGGUCGCGGAUGGUCGAAAUUGAAGAUUUGA